AUGGAUAGAUCGUGCAUGACAAAAAUUCUGCUGCUCACAAGACAAGAGAUUUCCGAAAGUGAUCAACUUCUACAAUCAUCUCUACGCUGGAAUCAAAGCCUCAAGGCAUUUGUGAUAUUUAAUGGGGUUCCCAAGAACUUCAGCAACCAGUUUGUCUACGAGUUGCAGAAGCCUCGUGGUGGGUCAGACCAUAUGUUGUAUAGCUACAAGAGAAGCUUCAGUGGUUUUGCCGCCAUGCUAACAAGCGAGGAGGUGCAGAAGCUGACAAGAAUGGAGGGAGUGAUAUCUGUUUUCCCCAAUGGAAAGAUGCAGCUUCACACAACAAGAUCAUGGACCUUUAUUGGCCUUACAGGGAAAUCUGAAAGAAGACCAUUAGAGAGGGACAUGAUCAUCGGGAUGCUUGACACAGGAAUUUGGCCAGAAUCUGAGAGUUUCUCAGAUGAAGGGUUUGGUCCACCUCCUCAAAAAUGGAAGGGAACAUGCAUGAAGUCAGAAAAUUUCACCUGCAACAACAAGAUAAUUGGAGCUAAGUACUACAGGGUAACAGGGAACUUCUCCCUUGAUGUGGCUUCACCAAGAGAUACAGAAGGCCAUGGUUCCCAUACUGCAUCAACAGCAGCAGGAAACUUUGUCCCCAAGGCAAGCCUUGAAGGGCUUGGCUUGGGAACAGCUCGAGGCGGGGCACCAUCUGCUCGAAUUGCAGUCUAUAAGAUUUGUUGGGCUGAUGGUUGUUAUGAUGCUGAUAUACUGGCUGCAUUCGAUGAUGCCAUCGCUGACGGAGUUGACAUAAUCUCUGUCUCCCUCGGAGCUACUAACCCAAAGGGAUACUUCGAGGACUCCAUCGCCAUUGGGACGUUCCACGCUAUGCGACAUGGCAUUCUUACCUCCACUUCUGCUGGCAAUGAUGGUCCCACUCCAGGAUCAGUCAACAACGCUGCACCUUGGCUUCUGUCUGUAGCAGCUAGCAGCAUAGACAGGAAGUUUAUGACGAAAAUUCAGCUGGGAAAUGGAGCUUCGUAUGAGGGUGUUUCAAUCAAUACUGUUAAUCUUUAUCCCACAAUGUACCCCAUUAUAUACGGUGGCCGUGCCCCAACAUUGAAGAAACCAAACGUCACUGCAGCGAGAAAUUGCCAGAAAGGGUCAUUGGAAAGGAGAUUGGUGAGAGGAAAGAUUGUUCUUUGUGACUUAAUCGUUAAUGGAGAGUCAGUUUCUGCAGCAGGAGGAGUUGGUGCAAUGAUGCAAGACAACACAUACAAUGAUGUUGCUUACAAUUUUGCUGUCCCAGCUUCCCACUUUGGUCCCGAUCCCGGAUCUAAAAUCUCAGCUUAUGUGAAACAAACUGAAAAUGCAACUGCAACAAUGUUCAAGAGUAUCCACCAAAGGGACGACUCAGCUCCAUACAUAGUUGGGUUCUCAUCCAGAGGGCCUAAUGCCAUAACAAAAGACAUCCUGAAGCCCGACAUUGCAGCUCCCGGUUCGGACAUCCUGGCUGCUUGGUCACCAGCUACCACAGUGACAGGACUAGUGGGAGACAAAAGGGUGACAAAUUACAACAUCAUCUCAGGCACAUCCAUGGCUUGCCCUCACGCAACUGGAGUAGCUGCAUACGUCAAGUCAUUCCAACCAACUUGGUCCCCUGCUGCCCUUAGGUCUGCUCUAAUGACAACAGCAAUGCCAAUGAGCCGCGCCAAGAACCACGAUGCAGAAUUCGCGUACGGUGCAGGGCUGAUAAACCCUGUCAAGGCAGUAGACCCCGGCCUGGUAUACGAUGCUGCUGAGGAAGAGUACGUUCACUUCUUGUGUGGACAAGGCUAUAACAGCACACAAAUUCAGAUUCUCACCGGGGAGGACAUCCACUGCAGCAAUGAGAAGAAGCUGGCAGUGUGGGAUUUGAACUACCCUUCGCUUACCUUGUCUGUCAAGCCUGGUGGUGGCAGCGUGACGAGGGUGUUUCAUAGAACUGUGACGAAUGUAGGGAGCCGUGGAUCAUGUACUUACAAGGCCAUAGUCAAGGUUCCUGAAGAAGUUGUGGUUAAAGUUAGACCUUCAGUUCUGACAUUCCAGUCUGUUGGGGAGAGCAAGUCGUUCACUGUAACUGUGGUGGUGAAGUUGGGCAAAAACUCUGUAUCUGGGGCUUUGAUCUGGGAUGAUGGAGAACAUACUAUGGAGGACGGUGAGAUGAGUGACGAUGGUGAUGUAGAGCUUGCUGCCGCCAUCGAUGACAUUGCCCUUGAUGACGAAGAAGCUGAAGUUUAUGUAGCUGCUUGCAGCCCAACAGAUCCUUCACUGGUAGCAACUGGAGGUGCUGAUGAAAGAGGGUUUCUUUGGAGGAUAGGACAGGGAGAUUGGGCUGCUGAACUAGGAGGUCAUAGGGAGUCCGUUACUAGCUUAGCAUUCAGUAGCGAUGGACAGUUUCUUGCAUCUGGAGGGCUUGAUUCUGUGGUUAAAAUCUGGGAUGAAUCUGGAAAUCUUAUAUGUACUCUUGGAGACCAUGUUGAGAAUGAACAAAUAGAGGAAGGUACUCUUGGAGACCAUGUUGAGAAUGAGCAAAAAGAGGAUCCUCCUACGGACGGCCUUGAGUUGGUCCGGUGGCAGCCUGGAGGUCAUCUAGUCUUGGCUGUUUCAAAUGAUGGCACUGCUUGGGUGUGGGAUGCCGAUACAGGCAGAACUAUCUGCACUGGUUCUGGCGAUAAGAGUUUGAGAAUAUGGAAUCUGGAAACUGGGCAAUGUGUACACGUUGUAAGAGGUGGUGAGUACCUUAUCUGGUCACUCAGAUUCAGUUUCAUCCAUUGCUCUGCCAGGUUCACCAAGAGUGAAUUGACUUGCUUAACAUGGAUAGGCACAUCGAGGUUAGUUGCUGCAGGAUGUGCAGACGGUGCUAUAGUGGUAUGGGACGCUAGAGAUGGAACCAAGACUUACAUUGUGUACAUGGGAAGUGUAUCCGCUGAGAAGAACAAUGAUAACCAUCUCCUUGCUGCCCAUCGUCACCACAAUUUGCUUUCCUCUUUGCUCGGAGACGAGGAUUUAGCUCAACAAGUCAGACUCACCUCUUAUGGCAAGAGUUUCGACGGAUUUGCCGCAAAUUUACUCCCACAAGAGGCUGAGUGGCUACAAGAAAACGAAAAUGUGGUAUCGGUGUUUCUAUCGGGAACAAAGCAGCUCUCCACAACUUGGUCUUGGGAUUACCUGGACAUGCCUCUCUCGGUUCAAAGAAAUUUCGAUAUGGAGUCCGAUAUUAUCAUUGGCAUGAUUGACAGCGGAAUCAACGUCGAUGCUCCGAGCUUUAGUGACAAGGGAUUGGGCCCACCUCCGGCGAAGUGGAAGGGAAUCUGCCAAAAGGGACUCAACUUCACUGGCUGCAACAAUAAGGUGAUUGGGGCGAGAGCGUAUGACGUGGGCAACCUAGAAACCACGCCGCUGACGCCACUCGACGACACGGAAGGCCACGGGACCCACACGGCCUCCACGGUGGCCGGCUCAGCCGUCGGCGGAGCCAGCUUCCGCGGCCUGGCUAAAGGCACGGCGCGAGGCGGCGUCCCGUCGGCUCGGCUCGCCAUCUACAAAGUGUGCGGGCCCAAAGCCGCUUGCACCGACGCCAACCUGAUGUCGGCCCUGGAUGACGCCAUCCACGACGGCGUCGACGUCAUAUCGAUGUCGCUGGGCGCUCCAGCGAUGGACUAUUUCAAGGAUCCGGUGGCCAUCGGUUCGUUCCACGCCAUGGAGAAAGGAAUCAUAGUCAGCGCCGCGGCUGGUAACAAAGGUGAAAUGGGUCAGGUCGAGAACGUCGCCCCGUGGAUUCUGACCGUCGCCGCUAGCCGCACCGGCAAGCAGUUGAGGACUCCAAUCGUGCUCGGGAACCGCUUUGCUACUCUGGUGCAAGGAAAAAUAGUUUACUGCAAGAACGGCGAAUCGGCUCCUCUUGAUACCUUGAGCGAGUUUGGUGCUGUUGGACUCAUCGGAGAUGCCGUUUCCUGGUACCCCGACUUCCCCCAAACUUACCCAAUGCCGGCGUCGCUGCUCGAUCCGACGCGCGGCCAGAUUGUCGAUGGCUACAUUAAUUCUACCAAGGAUCCUCGAGCAUAUAUAUUGAAGACCACGGGUGUCAACGUCACUGCUCCGGCCGUUGCAGUUUUCUCGUCCAGAGGUCCCAACCAGCAGUCCAGAACUAUUUUGAAGCCGGACGUCAUGGCGCCGGGAGUGAACAUCCUGGCAGCUUUCCCGCCGUAUCUACCCGGGGAAGAUAACUCAUACGGCCAUCCUUUCAGAUUCUUGAGUGGCACCUCCAUGGCUUGUCCCCAUGCCAUCGCCGCCGCCGCCUUUGUCAAGUCCCACCGACCACAUUGGUCUCCCGCCGCCGUCAAAUCCGCCCUCAUGACCACCGCGCGGGUUGCGAAAGAGCAAAAUCCACUGGCGGAGUACGCGUACGGGUCGGGCGAAAUCGACCCGGUGAAGGCACUGGAUCCGGGGCUGGAGACGUGA